AUGCUCGCCCGCCCGUCUCCAGAAGAAUUAUUAUUAUUCAGUUUAUUGUUGUUGUUGCUCUGCAGGAUUCCCGCUCUUUGCCCGUCCCUCUGGCACUGUGUGCCUCUCAGCUCAGCUCAGCUCUCAUUCUUGGUCAAGCUGCUUUCUAAUCAAUCAAUCAUCAUCAUCAUCGUCACCUCCAUCACCACUACCACUGCUACUACUGCUACCACCACCACCACCACCACCACCACCACCACUACUACUACCGCUACCAUUUCAUACCCACCACCGCCUUCCCUCCUCGCCCAUCUACCCUCCCCCGCACUGUCCGUUCCAUCCAUCGUCAGCCAUGAUGCCUUUUUAAGAGCUCCUCUCCCCCGUGAUCUCAUUCUCGUCGACGUCAUCGCCUCCAUUGCUAGUGGUGGCUCAACAAAAGCCGUUCACCCCAUUUCCGACACCGCAUCGCUCUUACAUUCGUUCGAUUCCAUCACCAAUCCCAAUCGUCCCGUACGACCCUCGCCCUUGACCUCUUCUAAUAUUCAAGCUCUCCCGUUGGACCUCGUUGACCGAUUGCGCUCCUUUCCCUUGUUUCAAUCCACGCCCGAAUCCUUCCUGGUCGAUGUCGGCCAGCAUCUGCGCCCACAGCUCCAUGCGCCCAACGACUAUAUCCUGACGGAGGGGGACGAGGCCAAGGCCAUCUACUGGCUGGUUCGGGGCGCUGUCUCCGUGACCUCGCGCGAUGGCGAGAGUAUAUAUGCGGAGCUUGAACCGGGGGCCUUUUUUGGCGAAAUCGGUGUACUAAUGGAUCGUCCGCGGACAGCAACCAUCAUCGCCCGCACUCGAUGCUUACUGGUCGUGUUAACCAAGGAGGAUUUCCGGAAAAUUCUCCCUCGGUUCCCCGACGUGGAACGGGCAAUUCGCGACGAGGCCCAGGAGAGACUGAUGAUCCUGGAGAAGAAGAAGAAGGAGACCUCUGUACCAUCGGUUGAUUUUGUGAGUCCGGUCAGGAGAGGCUCGAAGAGAUUGCGGGACACAUACUCCGGUGACCUGAACCUCACGGAUCAGGACGGCAGAAGCUUGAAGUCCGUCAAUAAAAAGCGAAAGUCCCCGAGUCCUGGAUUGGCUGAUGGAUCCUCCAGUGCGCUGGCGAACGGGCUGGUUAAUGUCCGUUUACUUCUCAAGGAGCUGCCCCUCUUCUCCGGUUUGCCGCCAGAUAUCCUCCAUUUCCUGGGCCUGA